ACCAGUGAAAACCAUGGCGAAAACGCAUCGAAAUGGUUGCAUCAACACAGGUGCAUCAUGAUUCAUGAAUGCGACAACUUCAAAAGUAGUCAGACAAGAGGCAGCACAGUCUAGAAUAGAACGUUUUUUAUAGUUGGCAAUAGUGAGAAGCGGCUGCAUUUUCGAGUGACAUGCGUGUCGGCGUUUACUGCUACAUAUUCGGCUGUUGUUAUUAACCUCAAAGAAUGGUCGUGGGAGUAGCAAUAAGUUCGAUUCGGUAUUUACAUAUUAGAUUAAUUUUUAAGGCAGUGUCAAGUUUCGCCGAUCACAAUGUCACUGCACUUAACUAAGCUAUGCUCUGUGUUAUUAUUGGAGCACUUUGGCCCCAUCGUACAGGUGGUGGGUGACGACUUGUUAAAAUACGAUCGGAGGACAUUAGGAUCAAUUAGGUCGACGUCAAAGAUGCCGUUGAAUAAGAUCAAGGAAGCGAUGUGCGUUCUUAUAAAAUACGGAUUUGUUGUACAUCAGCAAAAUGAAAAGUCAAUAGAGUAUGCGAUUUACCCUGAUAGAAUUUUGAUGAUUUUACGUUAUCCAAGGUACAUGUUUCUGAUGAAAUCUCUAUUGGGUGAUGAGGCAGAAGCAAUGCUCGAAGAAUUACUGAGACAGGGUUCUGAAACUGCCUCCGAAGUAAUAAUCAAAACCUAUCAAAAGUUACAGCAACUUCCAGCUGAACGCCACAAACCGGUAGAGGUUCUUAAGGAGAAAUUUGAAUCCCUGGUUAAGAAUCAAUUUUUCCAACGAUGUCUGAGCUCAGAAAAUGUUGGGGAUAUGAUCAGUGAAAAGGCAGAUUUUAAUCUACCAGACCUUAAUGUUCAGGCACUUUGUCGUUUAGUUAAUGGUGGCAAGGCUGAUCCUGGGGAUAGUAAAAUAUAUUGGAGAGUCAACUUCGACAGAUUUACCCAAGAUCUUAGGGAUCAAAUUAUGUCAUCUGCAAUAACAAAGCGUCUCGAUGACAACGCAGGAGAACUAAUGAGGCAGAUGUUGAACUUGAUGUACUUGCGAACAGCUCCUUGGGAAGCUACGUCUAAUCCGAUACCUUAUGUAGAAAUUAAAGAUGCUGUUCGCAAACUAAAUUAUCCAUUGCUAAUACAAUACCUGGAUCAGUAUCUCUGUCUUAUUGAGGAGGAUACAUGUCAGUUUUUGAGAAGAGUCGGGGAUAGUGGAGGUGGACAGUUUAGCAUAAAUAUGAAAGAAGCCUUCACACAACUGACAUGGACAACGCUAGAAAAUAUAGUCAUGGAACGGUUUGGAUCAAAGGCUGCGAGAAUAUUCAGAUUGGUCCGCACCAAAAAAUAUGUAGAACAAGAACAGAUCCAGCAACUCGCAAUGAUUCCUGCCAAAGAGGCAAAGCAUCUGACGUAUACACUGCUACAAGAAAAUUAUAUCCAUGUGCAGGAAUUAAAGAAAAGUACAGUCUCGAAUGCUCCAGCAAAAAUAUUUUUUCUAUUCCAUAUCGAUCUAAACCAAGUUGUGGGUAUGGAAAUAAAUCAUUGCUAUCAUGCGCUAUACAACACGAUACAGAGGCGAGAUCAUGAAAAUACGGUUAACAAAAGGAUGAUAGAAAAACAUUUGAGAGUACAAACACUUACCAGUAACUUAAAGGAGCACGGGGCAACCGAAGAGCAGUUGAACGACAUUGCUGAGAUGAUGACUCCUUCUGAAAAAUUAGAGUUAAGUAAGGUACAAGAUAUCAUAAAAAAACUCGGUGCUGCCGAACUGCAAAUAGAUGAAACAUUAUUUUUAUUAACGAUGUAUUUACGGUACCAUUAAAUGAUAUUUAUAAUAACCGUC